GCCUGCGCGUCCCUCGUCAACCGCAUCGGCGAGCGCCAUCUUCUCCUUCUCCACUUAUCCCGCAACCGCGGCGGUGCCACUCUAUAAGUCCCAACAGCGAACCCUCCACCCUUCGCUGCAUCUGUGUGUGCUUGUGCGUUUGUGUGAUUCGGUACUCGCAUCGAGUCGAGAAGCAACCGGUCAGAGGCAAUGGAUAAGAUGGGGGAAGCUGCAGGCCAAGCUCAGAUGAAGAAGGAUGAGGUGAUGAACAAGGCAUCUGAAACCUGCCAACAGGGCCAGCAGCAAGCAGGGGGAUUCCUGCAACAGACCGGGGAUCAGGUGAAGAACAUGGCACAAGGGGCUGCAGAAGCUGUCAAGAAUGCUGUGGGCAUGGGAGGAACCAACACCACUUCCACCGCCACCACCACCACUACCCGGCCAUGAUCAUUCUGCUCCCAUUUUGAUUGCAGUUUGGUGUUAAUAAUCUAGUCUUGUUCUUGAGCCUCCAAGACUAGGCUGUGUUCCUGUUUCAGCAAGUGCAAGUCUUUUAGGUCUCAACCUGACCUGGUUUAGUGGUUGUCCUCUUCA